GGGUCUGACACACGCACACACACGCACACCCCCCUUGCGGUGUUUUCCGGGAUCACGCCGCUGCCCCCUCCUGGGAUCCACGCAGCAGCAGCAGCAGCAGCAGCAGAGCCAGCAGAUAGGGCUGAUCGUCACCGGACGGGACGGAGCGAGGACCGAGCGAAAGUUGACACAAAUGCGGGAUAAUAACAGUCGAGCUGUGUCCGGCGGCAGGACGCCUCGACGCUGCGUGUAACCCAGGAACAAGCGCCGUUUUCCGGGUAGUAGGCAGCCUGGUGCAUUUUAUGGCAAAGUAGCUGGAGGGACUUGUCGCAGUGGUUUCAUCCCAGCGUGCUGCCCGGAUUACCACACUCAAGUGGAACAAUAGUCUGCAGCAGGAACACGAGCAGGUGCAGCUAUUUAUUUAUUUGUCUCUCCCCCCCUAAAGAUGUAUCAGUGAUUUUGACCCGCAUCUGUCGGGACUGCGCGUGCGUCGAACUACUAGAAUGACUUUACCGGCAGAAAUCCGCAUCACGUAAAACAAGUUGCCCCGACACUGACUGAGUCCAGUCCGAAUUUUCCCGACUGCUACAUAGUUCCCAAACCGGCCGGGCCCGCUGUGGAACUUUUCGUUGCCCUGCCCGAUUCUCCUCCCUCCCGGAUACUUGCGUCAGGAAAGCACGGGGAGAGAGGGACUGGCCGAAAACCCGAGAGGCCUGCAAGGUCGGUGGGCCCCCGUGGUGUGGUUGAGAAAAUGGACAGGAUGAAGAUAAUCAAGCGCAGGCUGUCGAUGUCGCUACGUAGCGCUCGCCCCGUCGAUGACUCUCUGUCCGAACUGGCAGAGCAGAUGGCUCUGGAUGAGACACAGAGCGCGAGGGAAAACGUCCCCAUGGUGGUGUGCUCAGUGCACCCUCCUGCCUCCCAUAGCGCUCCCUCCUUCCUGCGUCAAUAUGCCGGUCAUCUGGGCCGCACAGCUCUGCGCAGAGAGCCAGGCGGGGCGCUGGAAAGAGACAGAGCCUUCCUGAGCCUGCACAGGACUGGAUCUCUGGGUAUCGUUCAUGAAAAUGUGAAGAUGGGAUCAGAUGGUGAGAGUGAUCAAGCAUCUGGAACAUCUUCCGAUGAGGUCCACAGUCCAGUGAGGGUUCGAAUGAGGAACAACCACCAUCGCCGCAUUUCUAAUGAGGACAUAAACAAACGUUUGUCUCUCCCGGCGGAUAUCAGGCUACCAGAGGGCUACUUGGAGAAAUUUGCCAUGAACAGCCCGCCUUUUGACAAGCCCAUGAGCCGCAGGUUACGGCGCGCAUCAUUGUCAGAAAUUGGCUUUGGGAAACUUGAAACUUACAUCAAACUGGACAAAUUAGGGGAGGGCACCUACGCUACGGUGUUUAAAGGCCGAAGUAAAUUAACCGAUAAUUUAGUUGCUUUGAAAGAGAUUCGCCUGGAGCAUGAGGAGGGAGCACCCUGCACAGCCAUCCGAGAAGUGUCUCUACUCAAAGAUUUAAAACACGCCAAUAUUGUCACGUUGCAUGACAUCAUCCACACUGACAAGUGCCUGACUCUUGUGUUUGAGUACCUGGAAAAGGAUCUCAAGCAGUAUAUGGACGACUGUGGGAAUAUCAUGAGUGUUCAUAAUGUAAAGAUCUUUUUGUAUCAGCUUCUAAGAGGUCUGGCAUACUGCCACAGAAGAAAGGUCCUCCACAGAGACCUCAAACCCCAGAACUUGCUUAUCAGUGAAAAAGGAGAACUAAAACUGGCAGACUUUGGCUUGGCUCGGGCUAAAUCGGUUCCGACAAAAACCUACUCCAACGAGGUGGUGACGUUAUGGUAUCGUCCUCCAGAUGUUCUCCUGGGCUCCACUGAGUACUCUACUCCCAUUGAUAUGUGGGGUGUGGGCUGUAUAUUCUAUGAGAUGAUCACAGGCCGGCCUCUCUUCCCCGGAUCUACUGUGGAGGAUGAGCUUCACCUCAUAUUCCGCGUCCUCGGCACUCCCACAGAAAAGACUUGGCCCGGCAUCACCACCAGCGAAGAGUUCAAGACCUACAAUUUUCCUCUCUACCGCGCAGAACCCCUCGUCAAUCACGCACCCAGAAUAGACAGUGAUGGCCACGAUUUGCUGUCAAAGCUCCUUCAGUUUGAAGCAAAGAACCGAGUUUCAGCCGAGGACGCUCUGAGACACUCGUAUUUCAGGAGUCUAGGGGAGCAGGUGCAAACACUGCCUGACACUGCUUCCAUUUUUUCUGUAAAAGGAAUUCAGCUUCAGAAAGAUCCAGGGAAGAGAUCUUCAGUCCAUCCAGAAUCAAUGGUGGCCCAUAAGCUAGGCUCCGCACCCUCGCAGUACUUCCAGAGAGAGACUACCAAUCCCAGGGCUCAGAGUCACAAUCUCUCCUCCACUUCCACUGGCUGAGUGGCCCCUGCCAUUCUGGUAAAUACUGUCUUUCUUUCUGCCUUUAUUCUGUUCAGCUUUUCUUUUCUUUUCUUUUCUUUUCUUUUUGUUGUUUGCUCGGCUUUUCUCAUUUUUUUUCACCUUACAUGUUGCUCUGAAACUUGCUGAGCUUCACUGAAUCUCAUCACCUUCCUCCUCCUCCUCUUUUGUAUUUUCCAAAUUCAAAUGAGCUCAAACAUAGGAUUCAUUAAACUCACACAUCUGAUCACAUGAGCCACUUCUGUUUCAGGGUUCAGCAGAGCCACUUUUUUUAAUUUUUAUUUUUAAAGCAAAGAGCGUGAUCACCAGGAGUCAUGUGACUCUUCUUACUUUCAGUCCUGUUUAGGUUUUUUCAGCGAGAGAUGUAGCAUUGUCACGAGGCUGCAAGUAAGGGGUUGGUGAAGCAUGAGUUUGACUAGUUGCUCUUUCAGUAGCGUGGUUGAGUGCUGUGCAGCUUUAGUUCUGUGUUUGACAAUGAAUGGUAAGUAUCACAGACACACAUGCACACAGAUGUGUGAUUCUACAUGGUCCCAUGGGUGGAGGUUUUUACUUCCCCUUCUUCUGUUUUAUGAUUUUAAGUGUUUUGAUUGAAAGAUAUUAUUAGUUCACAAUAGGUUUUUGUCAAGUUUCCAGAUAUUUUACAAUAUCAUCUCUGGUUAUGAGUAAUGAGGAUGAUGUCCAAAUUGCUUUUACAAUCCAAGUCACUAGAUAGUCCUGCGCUACAUAGUUUUUUAGUAGUUAAGGAUAAGGAUGGGAAUUCAGAUAUAGCCCAUUAUUUUUCUUAAACAGGGAUUCUUGGUAAAAACCAUUUUUCUUACCCCUUUGACAGAGUUUUUUGUUUAUUUCAAGAAAUUAAAUGUUAAGAUUUUUUGCUGUAAUUUUAGGGUGCCUGUUUUUGCAGUGUAUCAAAUAUUUGCCCCUUUAUAAAGCCUCUAAUUUGCUAGGAGGGUUGUUUUUUUUCUAUUUGGUAUAAAAUGUUUGAAGAAGUGUGGAUUGAAUUUGAUUUAUUAUUAAAUUGCAUAUUUUUCAAAAAUAAAAACUACAAAGAUUUGUCAGCUUGAUGCUGAAAAUGGUUUUCCUUGAAGAUGCUUUGGUUUGAACUGACUAACCUGUGAGGAGACUUUGUGCAUUCAGAGCAGCAACAUUCUGUUGUUUCACUUAGUAGAUGCAAAAUUAAAAUUAUUCAUAUAAAAUUCAUUUUUUAUAUCUCUCAUAAAAAAAGUGUAGUUUUCUUUUAUGUCUUUACAAAUGUUUGCAUUUAAUCUGGAAGGAAUUACAUUUUUUUAAUUUCAGCUCCAGAUAACUCACUUGAUUUUAAAAUGACUUUUAUUAAAAUGUAUUUUUAUUUUAAAACCGCUCAAGUUCAGUCACUUAUUAAAUUUGCUCUUGUAUUUAAUUGAAUUUAUUCUUGCAGCUCUAAAUGUACAGCGUUUCCUGGUUUGUAGUGUUUAGGUUGUGUUUGUGGCAUGAAGUGAGUGACUUUGCAGCUUCUUCGAAAGUUUUAUAUUUGUCCAAAAUGAUUCCUAACUGUGUCUUUCUCUCCUGUGUGU